AUGGCAACUUUGCAAAAGCAAAGGAAUCCUGUGACUGCAGCCAUAUUCCCCACCAAAAUUGCGACCGAACAGCAAUCCCUCAUGUUGGUGAAGCGGCUAUUGGCCAUCUCCGUCUCCUGCAUCACCUAUCUCAGGGGCAUUUUGCCCGAAAGUGCCUAUGGGACGAGAUAUUUGGAUGAUCUCUGCGUGAAGAUCCUAAAAGAGGAUAAAAACUGCCCCGGGUCCAGCCAGCUCGUGAAAUGGAUGCUAGGAUGUUAUGAUGCCCUGCAGAAAAAAUAUCUCAGAUUAAUCGUCUUAGCAGUCUACACCAACCAGGAGGAUCCCCAGACGGUUACAGAAUGUUACCAGUUUAAGUUCAAAUACACAAACAAAGGACCUUCAAUGGAUUUCAGAAGUCAGCAGAGUCAAUCGAGCAUCACAUGCGCGGACACUAAGAAAGCAAGUAUCCUGCUCAUCCGCAAGAUUUACAUCCUGAUGCAAAACCUGGGCCCGCUGCCUGAUAACGUCUGCUUGACCAUGAAGUUGUUCUAUUAUGAUGAAGUUACACCUCCGGACUACCAGCCCCCUGGAUUCAAAGAGGGCGACUGCGAAGGGAUGGUCUUGGAGGGGGAGCCGAUGUACCUCAAUGUUGGGGAGGUUCCCACCCCUUUCCAUAUGCUGAAAGUGAAAGUGACCACCGAGAAGGACCGCAUGGAACGUGUGGACAAAGCCAUCCUGAAGGAGGACUCCUCCCUUGCUUCCGUCCAAGGCUGGCAUCUUCAUGAAGGCCAGGACCAAAAAAUGGAUGAAGAUUUUGUGCUGGAAAAUAAAACAGGAGGGCAGAACAACGCAAGCAGGAAGCUGUGCCCUGAAGAACAAAACCUAAUUUGCACAGAGGAAGAGCAAAUCACAGAAGAACAUCAGAGCUGCCCCAUCAGUAAUUCUAAGGUGGAUCAUUUAAUAAGCAAGACAUCAGAACUUGAAGUCACCGAGAGCAGAACCCGAAGCGGAAAGAAAUUUCAGCGAAAGACGAGUAACAGUUCCUCUGUCUCUGUCAAGGGUGCCGUGGAAAACACAAAGCAGAGACCAUCAAAGGGUGCCGAAGCUCAGAAGAGAAGGAGCUCAGAACUGGAGAAGCCUUUCUUUACUCACACUUGUUCCCAGGUUCAUCCUCUGGAUUUCUCUUCCAGCCAAGAGCUCAGUCCCAAGCGGAGAAAAAUCAGCCAGCCCACGGAAGAGUUCUAG